UAAAUAAAAAAAACUCACAUUAAAAAUGGAUAUGGUCGGAAAUGUACUUCCUCAAGUACUAAAAAACGAGGCAUCAGAAGAAAAAGGAGAAAUGGCUAGGCUCUCAUCUUUUGUUGGAGCUAUUGCUGUAGCAGAUUUAGUCAAAACAACAUUAGGUCCUAAAGGAAUGGAUAAAAUUUUACGUCCGACUGGUCCUGGUCCUUAAUCAUAAAAUAUAACAGUAACAAACGACGGAGCGACAAUAUUAAAAUCUAUGUAUAUAGAUAACCCAGCUGCUAAAAUCUUAAUUGAAAUAUCAAAGACAUAAGAUGAAGAAGUAGGAGAUGGUACAACCACAGUUGCAGUUUUCGCUGGAGAACUAUUAAGAGAAGGUGAGAAAUUAAUUAACUAAAAAAUCCAUCCUUAACAUAUAAUAAAUGGAUGGAGAAAAGCCAGAGAUGCUGCCCAAUAUACAUUGAAUAAGAUUGCUAGAGAUAAUUCCACAAACGAAACCAAAUUUAGAGAAGAUCUUUUAAAUAUUGCCAGAACUACCCUUUCUUCGAAACUCUUGACUUAAGAUAAAGAACAUUUUGCUCGUUUAGCUGUCGAAGCUGUUUUGAGACUUAAAGGUUCUGCAAAUCUUGACUAAAUCCAAGUAAUUAAAAAAUCAGGUGGAUCCAUUAAAGACUCUUAUUUAGCUGAUGGGCUUAUUUUAGAAAAACAAAUCACUGUAGGAUGUCCUAAAAGAAUUGAAAAUGCUAAAAUUCUCGUAGCUAACACUCCCAUGGAUUACGAUAAAAUAAAAAUAUACGGAACUAAAGUAAAAGUAGAAAGUAUGGACAAAGUAGCUGAAAUCGAAGCUGCUGAAAAAGAAAAAAUGAAAAACAAAGUCGAUAAAAUCCUCUCAUAUGAACCUACAGUAUUCAUAAACAGACAACUUAUAUAUAAUUAUCCAGAACAAAUGUUAGCUGACAAAGGCAUCAUGGUAAUUGAACAUGCUGAUUUUGAUGGAAUUGAACGUUUAGCAGCCGCUACUGGUGCUGAAAUCCUUUCCACAUUCGAUAGUCCUGAAAGAUCUGAAUAAAUAAUGGGUAAAUGUAAACUUAUAUAAGAAAUAAUGAUUGGAGAAGAUAAAUUUGUAUAAUUCUCAGGAUGUUAAAGAGGUGAAGCUUGCACUAUUAUACUCAGAGGUGCCUCCUCUCAUAUAAUUGAUGAAGCUGAAAGAUCUCUUCAUGAUGCUUUAUGUGUAUUAGUUACUACUGUUAAAAAUUCAAAGGUAGUCUACGGAGGUGGAAAUUCUGAAAUUUAAAUGUCCUUAGCCGUAGAUCUUUUAACUUAAAAAGUUAAAGGAAAAUAAGCUCUUGCUAUUGAAGCUUAUGCUAAAGCCCUUAGAUAAUUGCCUACUAUUAUUGCAGAUAAUGGAGGCUAUGAUGCUGCUGAUCUUGUUUAAACUUUAAAAGUAGAAAUCUCAGAAGGAAAAACUUCUAUGGGAUUAGAUAUGAUGAAUGGUGGAGUCGAAGAUAUGGAAAAAUUGGGAGUUACAGAAUGUUUAAGAGUUAAAGAAUAAGCUCUUUUAUCAGCUUCUGAAGCUGCAGAACUUAUUUUAAGAGUAGAUAGUAUUAUUAGAGCUGCUCCUAGAUAAAGAAAUAGAAUGUGAGCGUAUUCGAAUUUAAUUUGUUUUCUUUUUAUUUUUUUUAAUAAAAAAUAUUUAAAAAAAAAAUAUAUUAUUUUUUAUAUAGUUAUAGUUAUGUUUUAUUGGAUUUUUUUUUAUUUCAAAUAAAUAAAAUAAUUCAUAUUUUUAA